ACCAGUGGUUUUGUGCUGAUGCAGAGGAGUGUUGACCGUUCAGCUGACCAGUCGAUGACCCUCGCCUGACCUUGCCCUAUAUGCACAACGCUGCGUACAUCUUCUAGCCUCAAGCCGAAAUCCAGACGCAGACGAUAGCAUCACGAUGGAGAUGGACUUCUUGAAGGAUUUCUCUGACAAAUGGCAACUAAACAAAAAGACCGUGAAAAGUCUCGAAACCAACAACAUCGUCUUGGAAGAGGAUUUCCUGGACUUGUCCGAUUCGGACAUAGAAAAUCUCGGUUUGACCAUCGGCCAGAAGAAUGCGCUUAAGAGGGGCAUAUCCAUUGUGAGGAUGUCGACCACGAUGACGCAAGAAUGUGGAGAGGACAUAGCACAGCAUCUGUCCAACAGCUUGACCAACAUGUCCUUCUUUUCGUGCAAGUCCGAGGACCAGACUGACUCAAGUGAGUACUCCUGUAGUGUAGGCCCAUGGAGGGUAGGGUGACGGCGCUUAUCAUCACAGCCUAACGUUAGAUUUACCAUUCAAGGUGAUACGAAAUAAAUAGCCAGGUAACAGGUGGG